AUGUCGCAGAGCGUCGAGACGUAUAGCGGCACGCAGCUGCCCUCAUGCGAUUGGUACUGGGGUACCGCCGAACGUUUAGCCCUUGCUGACAUAGUGCGUCUCGAACCACAGCCACGGCCACCGUCAGCCGAGGACGAGGGAUACACGCACACGCUCCUCUUCGCAUUCCGCAGGCCCUCGGACGAGGGCUCAACGCAGAUUCUGCUGGCGCGCAAGCUACGCGGCUUCGGCGCGGGGACGCACAAUGGCGUCGGAGGCAAGGUCGAUCCCCAGGAAACAGCGCGGGAGUGCAUCCUGAGGGAGACGCGGGAGGAGGUCGGGGUGAAGCUCGGGCCCCAGGAAGUGCAAUUCGUCGGGAAAGUCGGGAUCAAGGUGCCAGGGAAAGGCGGGGAGAGCGUGCGAAUAGCAGUGUUCACCACGGACUCUGAGAUGGUGCGGGAGGAAGUUAUGGCCAGUGACGAGGUCGAGGCGCGCUGGUACGAUGUCGGAAGCAUAACCGGUGGGGAAGGAGAAGGGCUGUUGGACAGUAUACCGGGACAGAUGAGGCCCGAACACAAGGUGUAUCUGGGACUGCUCGUCGGCUACCAGGCCACAAAAGGGAUACUGUUCAAUGUGAAUGUCGACUUCCACCAACAGCCGUCGAAAGCUCAGCUGCCGGCGGGCGAGAGGCCGGAGAAUCAUCGCACCGUCCGCCAUUGGUCACUCAACGUCUUUCACUCACACCCUUCCACAGACACAAUCCAAUGUGCUCCAUAA